AUGUACCAAACGCUCCUCGCUUCUCUUGCCCUCGUCCCGCUUGUGGCGGCUGCCUCCAGCUCCCUCGGUUGUUACUCCUCCGUCCCCAACCUCAAAGAUGUCAAGCAGUACACUUUUCAGUCGCACGGAUAUUGUCUCGAUCAAUGCCUUGAAGCUGGUUUCCGCAUUGCGGCUUUGAAGGACGGUAUCACCUGUGGUUGUAGCAAUUCUAUCCCGCUAUCCUCCGCCAAGCUUGACGACGACAAAUGUGAUCAGUACUGCGCAGGUUACGCUAGGGAUAAAUGUGGCGGUAUCAAUGUCUACACUGUUCUCACCACCGGCGACUAUGAUUAUGACUCCGACUCCAACUCGACUGUCCCCACCAGCACGGGUCGCAACAUCGUCGCUCCCACUGUGAACCCUUCUUCUAUUCCGACCAAUAUUCUUACUGCCCCUUCCUCCGUGGGAAAGGCGGGUAUCACUGCCCUACCCUCCGCUGCGAAGUCUAAUGUCGCUUCUGUUGGUACUACGGCUGUUACUUCUACCGUGACGCCUUCUGCGACACCUAAUGCUGCUGCUGAUACAUUGCGCGCUGGAUUUAUGGCUGGUGUGCUUGUCGCUGGCUUGGGCUUGUUGCUGUAA